AUGACUGUGUGCAGGAGAAAGAAAUCUUUGUGGAAGGAGAUGGAAUCACGUGCAGUGCCUCACUGUACAAAGGAAAACCCAUUGCAAAGACUUUCACAGUUUCUGCCAAAAUUCCUCUUUCGAUGGAUCUGUGGUUUUGCACAAAAUCACCAUGCCCCUGGCCAUCAAGGAAAAGGUUCUGAUGAUCACAACCAUGACCAAUAUCAUCCAACUGAAAAUCCUGAUUAUUUGUUCUAUUUAAAGAUCUCCAGAAGCAAUGCCAACUUUGCUUUUAAAUUCUUCUGCCAAAUUGUUUCGGAGGCUGGUGACGAGAAUGUGUUUUUCUCUCCUUUGAGCAUUUCCACCGCCUUCGCCUUCCUGUCCCUGGGAGCGAAAUCCGCCACCCUGAGCCAGCUUUUGUCUGGACUUGGCUUCAACAAGACAGAGAUCAGUGAGCAGGAAAUCCAUGAUGGGUUUCGUUACCUUCUCCAAAUGCUAAACCGCCCCAAGGCUGAACUUGAGCUGAACACUGGAAAUGCCCUUUUCACUCAUGACCAAGUGGAACUUCUGGAGAAGUUUGUGAAGGAUGCCAAACACUGUUAUCAGGCAGAGAUUUUUCCUGCCAACUUCAAGAAUCCUUCUGAAGUUGAAAAGCAGAUCAAUAGUUACAUAAAAAAUAAAACCCAUAUAAAAGAUGCAAUCAAGGGUCUCAGCCUAGAGACUGCAAUGGUUCUUGUAAACUGUAUCUUCUUGAAAACCUAUUGGGAAAAGCCUUUCAAUUCUCAGGCAACUCGUGAAGCUGAUUUCUUCGUGGAUAAGAAGACAACGGUAAAGGUUCCUAUGAUGCGCAAAACGUCAUAUUUCAAGACUUACCGUGAUGCAGAUCUGUCCUGCGAGGUGGUGGAGCUUCCUUACAAGGGUGGUGCCUCGGCCCUCUUCAUCCUUCCUGAUCAAGGGAAAUUGAAACAUGUGGAACAGGCUCUGGGAGAAGACCGUCUGUUCAAAUGGUUGAACUCAUUGCGAGGAAGGAGAGUAGAACUAUUCCUUCCAAGGUUCUCAAUAUCUGGUAGCUAUGAUAUUAAGAAUACAUUGCAAAAGAUGGGGAUCACUGAUGUAUUCGAUGACCGUGCAGAUUUAUCUGGAAUGACUGGGAAACCUAACCUGAAGGUUUCCAAGGCUAUUCAUAAAACUUACCUAAAUGUCCAUGAGAAUGACACUGAAGCUGCAGUAGCCACCUUGCUGGAAAUGAUUCAAACUUCCCGCCCCAUUGUAAUCAGAUUCAACAGGCCCUUUCUCCAAGUAAUCACUUUUGACAAUGAUGUAUUAUUUCUAGGAGAAGUUCAAGACCCUACCAAAAAUUAAUACCAUGUAGAACUGCACCAAUGUAAACUUUGUGUGAAAAGGUGCCCAGGUGCCUUUCAGUUUGCACAAACCUUCCACUUGGUCUGAGAGACAUAAAC